UGCUGGUGCACCACACCUACCGGGGGCUGUCCACCUGACUGCCCCAGACUCCGGCAGCGGGGCCCCUGAUGGCAGUGGGCACCUCCCCGUGAAACCUGCCAAGCUGGACGCCACAGCUCCGCACGACGACACUUCAGCCAACUCUGUGCCCCCUUUGGAGGCGUGCAGCCAUGCAGUCCUAGCCUGCAGCCCGGGCAUCCCUGAGGAGCACUAUGUAAGCGAGGCUGUGGAAGAUGCUCCCAGCUGCAGAGGGUACCGGGAUGCCUGCACCAUCACCGACGUGUGCAACAGCACCGAUCUUCCGGAAGUCGAGAUCAUCAGCCUGCUGGAGGAGCAGCUGCCCCAUUAUAAGUUAAGAGCCGACACCAUCUACGGUUAUGACCACGACGACUGGCUCCAUACACCCCUCAUUUCUCCAGAUGCCAACAUUGACCUCACAACCGAGCAAAUCGAAGAGACGCUGAAGUACUUCCUUUUAUGUGCUGAAAGAGUUGGCCAGAUGACUAAGACGUAUAAUGACAUAGAUGCUGUCACUCGGCUUCUUGAGGAGAAAGAGCGGGAUUUGGAACUGGCUGCUCGGAUCGGCCAGUCGUUGUUGAAGAAGAACAAGACACUAACGGAGAGGAACGAGCUGUUGGAGGAGCAGGUGGAACACAUCAGGGAGGAGGUGUCUCAGCUCCGGCAUGAGCUGUCCAUGAAGGAUGAGCUGCUUCAGUUCUACACCAGCGCUGCGGAGGAGAGCGAGCCCGAGUCCGUGUGCUCCACCCCGUUGAAGAGGAAUGAGUCAUCCUCCUCCGUCCAGAAUUACUUCCAUCUAGAUUCUCUUCAGAAGAAGCUGAAGGACCUCGAAGAGGAGAACGUCGUACUUCGAUCAGAGGCCUGCCAGCUGAAGACGGAGACCAUCACCUACGAAGAGAAGGAACAGCAGCUGGUCAACGACUGCGUGAAGGAACUGAGGGACGCCAACGUGCAGAUCGCCAGUAUCUCAGAGGAGCUGGCCAAGAAGACUGAGGAUGCCGCCCGCCAGCAGGAGGAGAUCACACACCUGCUGUCACAGAUAGUCGACUUGCAGAAGAAGGCAAAAGCUUGCGCGGUGGAAAAUGAAGAGCUCGUCCAGCACCUGGGGGCUGCUAAGGAUGCCCAGCGGCAGCUCACGGCUGAGCUGCGCGAGCUGGAGGACAAGUACGCCGAGUGCAUGGAGAUGCUUCACGAGGCGCAGGAGGAGCUCAAGAACCUCCGGAAUAAGACCGUGCCCAACACCACAUCCCGGCGCUACCACGCACUCGGGCUGUUCCCCAUGGACUCCUUGGCAGCGGAGAUCGAGGGGACAAUGCGGAAGGAGCUGCAGCUGGAAGAGCCCGAGUCUCCGGACAUCGCGCACCAGAAGCGAGUCUUUGAGACGGUGAGAAACAUCAACCAGGUCGUCAAGCAGAGGUCUCUGACCCCAUCCCCCAUGAACAUCCCAGGCUCCAACCAGUCCUCAGCCGUGAACUCCCUCCUCUCCAGCUGCGUCAGCACCCCCCGGUCCAGCUUCUAUGGCAGUGACGUUGGCAACAUUGUCCUGGACAACAAGACCAAUAGCAUCAUCCUGGAAGCAGAGUCCGAGGACCUGGGGAACGACGAGCGGAGCAAGAAGCCCGGGACGCCGGGCACUCCGGGCUCCCACGACCUGGAGACGGCGCUGCGGCGGCUGUCUCUCCGCCGGGAGAACUACCUCUCGGAGCGGAGGUUCUUCGAGGAGGAGCAGGAGCGGAAGCUCAGGGAGCUAGCAGAGAAGGGCGAGCUGCUCAGCGGCUCCCUCACGCCCACGGAGAGCAUCAUGUCGCUCGGCACCCACUCGCGCUUCUCCGAGCUCACCGGCUUCUCGGGCAUGUCCUUCAGCAGCCGCUCCUACCUGCCCGAGAAACUCCAGAUCGUGAAGCCGCUGGAAGGCUCUGCCACCCUUCACCACUGGCAGCAGUUGGCCCAGCCCCACCUAGGGGGCAUCCUGGACCCCCGGCCCGGUGUGGUCACCAAGGGCUUUCGGACACUGGACGUUGACCUGGAUGAAGUGUACUGCCUUAACGACUUUGAGGAAGAUGACACAGGUGACCACAUUUCCCUCCCGGGCCUAGCUACCUCCACGCCAGUUCAGCACCCAGAGACCUCAGGUGAGGGGUCCCGAGCACGCGAGACUGUCUCAGGCAGCAGAAGUUUCCCACGCCGGCCUCAGGCUUUCCCAGAGGAGAUGCAGGAGCCGCCAGCGGCCGAGCAGAAGGAGGAGGAGGAGGAGGAGGGGUCUGCUCACCAUCCUGGGAAGUGCAUGUCACAGACCAACUCCACCUUCACCUUCACCACCUGCCGCAUCCUGCACCCCUCAGACGAGCUCACACGGGUCACACCAAGCCUUAACUUGGCUCCAACUCCAGCUUGUGGCAGCGCCAGCCACUUGAAGUCCACGCCGGUGGCCACCCCAUGCACUCCACGGAGACUGAGCCUGGCCGAGUCCUUCACUAACAUCCGUGAGUCCACGACCACCAUGAGCACGUCUCUGGGGCUGGUGUGGCUGCUGAAGGAGCGGGGCAUUUCCGCGGCCGUGUAUGAUCCUCAGAGCUGGGACAGGGCCGGCCGGGGCUCCGUCCUGCACUCCUAUACCCCCAGGAUGGCUGUGAUCCCCUCCACCCCACCCAACUCACCUAUGCAGACGCCCACGUCCUCCCCACCCUCCUUUGAGUUCAAGUGCACGAGCCCUCCCUAUGACAACUUCCUGGCCUCCAAGCCGGCCAGCUCCAUCCUGCGGGAAGUGAGGGAAAAGAAGAACUUGCGGAGCAGCGAGAGCCAGACAGACGUGUCUGUCUCCAACCUCAACCUCGUGGACAAAGUCAGGAGGUUUGGCGUGGCCAAAGUGGUGAACUCAGGGCGAGCCCACGUCCCCACCUUGACUGAGGAUCAGGGACCUCUCCUCUGUGGGCCUCCGGGCCCCGCCCAGGCCCUCGUCCCUGGUGGCCUGGUCCCUGAGGGUCUGCCCCUCGGAUGCCCCACCGUCACCAGUGCCAUGGGUGGGUUGCAGCUCAACAGCGGCAUCCGGAGGAACCGCAGCUUCCCCACCAUGGUGGGGUCCAGCAUGCAGAUGAAAGCCCCUGUGACUCUCACCUCGGGCAUCUUGAUGGGUGCUAAGCUCCCCAAACAAACUAGCUUACGGUGAGGAGGGGAGGGGAGCCCUUCCCCUGGAGGAGACCAGGCUUGCUCCUGCCUCCCUCUCCUCCCCCAUUCUGCACUGCGCACUCCCUCUUUCCUCCUCUGUCCCUCCCCUCUGAGCUAGACAAAUCAACCUCGUGCCUAUUGGGGGAAGAGUGGAGACUUUGUAAAGUGUGUACAUAGGACUUGAAGACCUUGUGUCCAUCUGCCCUUUCUCCCAAUCCCGUGGGAGGGGCCCCCAGCACCAUCCCUGCUCUCACCG